UUUUAAAAAAUAAUUUAUGAUAAUAUCUAUUAUUAUAUGCUUCGUAUUACCGAUCGUAAAUAUCUAUGAUCAAUCGUCUGUUUUCCGGUUUUAUUUUAUUUCGAAUAGAUAGUAGGAGAUAUAAUAGUUCUUGGUUGUGACGUUAGUGGGCGACGAAUUAAUAAGAUGGUUGUUGAGGAUUGAUGCUUCAUCUAAAUCACGUAUGCUAUUGUCAGCGAAAUUAAAUACCAGGGAGAAUCUUCGAUAACAGUGAGGUCAAUGUUAUCACUGAAUUUACGUUUACCAAUGCUGAAAUGAAGCUAAAGCAUGUUAUAUAUGGUCACGCGUGGAUUUUACGCGGAAUAUUGUCGCAGAUCGCCCCUCACGGGCUCUGCGUUUCAUCGGAUUAAUAUCAAUCAAUGGCUUUAUUUGAGAAGAGGUAUACUAAUAAAGUAUUGCUAGAUGAUACAGAGAAGUUGACAAGUGUUAUUGAAAAUGCUAGAACAAUCAACGGACAUACGGAAUAUGUAAUUAGAGUACAACGUGGUCCUCUACCUGAAAAAACGUGGAGAGUGAGCAAACGUUACAAUGACUUCGUUCAACUUAAUGCAGUUUUAUCAUUAUCAGGCAUUGACUUGCCAUUACCUCCUAAAAAGAUCAUUGGAAACAUGGAGCCUGACUUUAUAGCUCAACGUCAACUAGCUUUACAGAAUUAUUUAAAUAUCGUACUAAUGAAUCCCAUAUUGGCAUCAUCUCUUCCUAUGAAAAAAUUUUUAGAUCCUGAUAAUUAUACAACGCCGCUACAUGAAAUAGCAUUACAGCAAGUGUCACUAGCUUUAAGAAGUGAUGCUAAUUUCGAAGUUGGGAAAGCUAUUCCUGAUAUGGGAUGGCGGUUAAGAAAAUAUUACUAUACUGUUAAAAAUCGUCAACAUCCAAAGCAAGAAUAUUUACUUGCUUGGGUAGAAUUUGGACCAGAUAAGCAUCUUCAGGACAAAGAUAUGCAAGGAGUUUUCAAAAGUCUGGGCACUUUGAAACAUAAUUACAUUGAACCAAUAGUUCAUCAACAUGUAACAGAGAAUGGAGCUCUUAUGAUAAGAAAUUUUUGUCCAAUGGGUACACUGCGUGAUAUACUUUGUAUGACCAAACCUAAGCAGUCAUUUAUAAAAAAGUAUGGAAAUCCAAAACAAGUUAAAUCACUCACACUACCUGAAGUUACUACUUAUGGUUAUCAGAUUUUGGAAGCACUGAGUUUUUUACAUGAGAAAGGAUUACCUUAUGGGCAUCUACAUACGGGCAAUAUACUAUUGACACAAGGAUGUGCUAAGUUAUUAGAUAUAGAGAAUGGCCUUUUGGGUUUACCAGCAUUUUAUAGGCCUUAUGUCGUUCAGAGAAGAAAGCUCCAUGCUACGACUCAAGUGGAUGUCUAUUCGUUUGGACAUGUAUUAUAUGAGAUGGCAUUUGGCAGACCAUUAUUGGAAGCAAUGUGUUCUGAAAUGCCAACUUGUGAUAUGACGUUAAAAAAUCUACUGGAGGUAAUUUUAUCACCAGAGGCUCUCAAGCAGGACUUACCCAAGGUUCAACAUUUGCUAGAGCAUCCAUUUUUUGAAACAGUGCGACGUGCAAACCUUGCUAUCACUUCGAUAGAAAAACCACAUUUUAAACUUAGUAAUCAUCUGAAGGAAGCUUUGCAAGAAGCAAUGAAUAAAGCAGAGCAAAGAUUGAGAGAUGAACAAAAGGUAGCUAGACAUCAGAAAAGGCUUGUGAAGGUUCAAGAAUUAAUGAGCUCUGAAGAAGAAAUGAAAAAACGGAAACAAAAAUUGAAAAAGGAGCAAAAACUAGCACAGGAACAACAAAUGUUAAAUCAAUUGGGAACAAAUGGUACAAAACAAGUAAAUGGUAAAAGUUCAGAAAGAUCUGAUAGCCCUACGAGUACAUCUACAGCUACCAGUGUUGGAACUUUAACGCCACCAUCGCUUGGUUUUACAGAAAUGCCACAUGGUGAUGUACCUGUUAAAAACAAUCCAUUACCAGCAUCUGUAUCAUCUGGUGGAGCAGCAGAACCCCCUAUAUCAAAAGCAGGCAACGAACGUGCAGCUUUACUCGGAAGUAUCUGUUCUUUUGAUAAAAGUAAACUUCGUAGAAUUGUCAAUGGUAACCAUUAGAGAACCUUCUCAAAGAACAAAUCAUUUCGUAAGUAAUGUUGUUUUUUUUCUUGUUAUAAGAAUAUGCGAGUUUAUUGGAUUAAAGAAAUGUUUGUUCUAUGUGAGACAAAUUUAAGUACAACAUUUUAAAAUUAUUUAGUAUUGCAAGUACCACUCUGUGUACAGAAAUCUACUAAAUUAUGGGUGUACUGGUAAAAAGUAAUGUAGAGGAAAUAUUACAAGAAAAAAAAUAUAUAUAUAUAUAUAUAAUUACAUACAGUAUUCUAACAAAAAGAUCGUGAAUCAAUUGGAAGACUUAAAAAAACUAUAAAAUUAGAAAUAAAUGUGUGAUUAUUAUUAAUUUGGUAGUGUUUCAAAUUAUAUAAAAAUUCUUUUAUUUAUCUUUUAGUAGUAUUAUAUAGUACCAAAUUUUCCGACGUAAAAGAUCUUAUAGUCACAUAGUUCUUUUGUGAAGUAUUAAUGACUUAUGAAAUAUACUUUUGAGAAAGAGAAAUACUAAAUGAAGAAACACAUGCAUACACACAUAUACAUGAAAUAAAUACGAUAUUUAAUCGUAUCGUAUUAAGAGAUAGAGAUACGUGAAAUAUAAAUGUUAAUAUUUCUUUAUAUAUAUUUUAUUAUUUUUUUGAGGUGUCUUGCGUGCAAUCUAUCUAAGCUCAUAUUACGUACGAUAUUUGAUCAUAUCGUAUUAAAAGAUGGAGAUACAUGAAAUAUGAAUAUUAAUAUUCGUUUUAUGUAUCUUUUAUUAUUCUGUUUAAAGACAUCUUUGUGCAAUGUAUCUAAAUUUAUAUUACAUAUGUAUCUAGUUAUUAUAGUAAUCACGUAUAUUAUUAUAACAAAAUUACAAGAAAAUUCUAAUAUAUAUAUAUAUAUAUAUAUAUAUAUAUAUAUAUAUAUAUAUAUAUAUAAUAUAUAGAAAACCAAAUUUUAAGGAUUACAAUGGUAAAUAUAAAUAUAAUUGUUUUCUCACCUCCUAUUGUCUGUAUACAUUAUAAUAUGCAUAAAAACACCAGAUAGGAAUAAACAACAAUAACUAAAGAGAAGUGCUUCUAUAGAACUACAUUUAUAUCUCUAUAAUUUUUUAAACUGAAUUCAUAUUUAUACAGACAGUAAAAAACGUGAACACCAAUUGUUUUUAUCAGAAUCUUAUCAAAAAAAAUAUUUUGAUUAUCUCUUCCUUUUAAAAACCGUCCAGAAAAAGAUAUAAAAGUUCGAGAAAUUUGUUCAUAUCUUAAAAAUUUGAAACUGUUUAAGAUAUAUAAUAAUAUUUUUUACGUCAAAUUAUUUCUUUCAUUCUAGAUAUAUCAGACUAUUUUUAUUAUGGAAUAUUAUGUGUAGAGAAAGAACAAUAUGUGUCAGAGUGUGAUAAUAUCAUAUUUUAGUUAUUUCUUUCAUUAGCCCUAUUUUUUUUCUUUAUAUAUAUAUAUAUAUAUCUAUUUAACGUUUAUAAUGAUAAAAACACAUAAUUUAUGUUUAUGUAUGUGGAAUAUAAAGCGAGAGGAUCGUAUGUCCUUUUUGUAUCAUUUGUAAGACCACUAUUAACCAGUUUCAUAAGCAAAAAAACGUGCCAAGACAUACGUAAUUAUUGCGUUGAUAAACUUCGUUAUAAUGUUAGUUCGUAGAAUAAAUUAUCUCUCUGUAGGAUAAACAGUGAAUGUAAUAUGUUUUAUCUAUCGAUACUAAAUCGGAAAAUGUAAUAUAAACGUUAUUUUAAUACGCGUAAGUGUCUUGUAUGUAGAGCUUUAAAAUGUCUCUAAAAUCAAAAAUGAUGGCUACCAAGAGACAAAAAUUACAUGAUAAAUUGUGUUUUAAUGAGUUUAAAAAAAUUUUUAAAUAAUUAAUUCUUACUCGAACGAUAUAAUUAUGUGUACAGUGAUUUGAAAUAAUUUGAGUAAUGCUUUUAACAAACAGAUCCAUAUAUUCUACAAAAAAAAAUUUUUCUUUUGUUUAACAAUUAUUAAACAAUUAUUUUUAUUAUUAUUAUAAUAAAAUUAUGUACACAUUCUGAUGUCACUUUAAAAAUUAUAGAAAAACUAUAUUAUAUGUAUAUGUGGCUCUAAUGAUUGUAUCAUGAUGUCAAGUAGUUUGUAUAGCUUAUUUAAACAGGAACAGAAAUAUACUGAAAAGAUUAAUUUAUAGUAGAAUGUCAUUGUUACCAUAGUUACGUCGAUGUGUAAAGAAUGUUAAAAAACAUUCAUAUCAAAAAAAAUCCAUAUCAGAACAAAACACAUUUCGCUAUUUAAUGAUAUUAUAUAAUAAAAAAUUUUAGAAAAAGAUUCUUACACACAAAGAAGGAAUUAUAAUUUGAAAAACUCAAAUAAGUUUAGAAAAUAGAAUGUUGUAAGAGAAGAAUAUUAACGCUUUGACUUAGCCAAAGAUCUUUUUAUAGCUACUACAUACAUUUAUUCUAAAAAAAAAAAAAUAAAUAAAAUAAAAGUGUUAAAGAGUAACAGUAGUUAUAAUAAUGAAGUUUUUAUUGCACUGAAAAUGACACAUACAAAAACUAUAUAUAUGAUGAUGAAAUAUAUAAAUAAAGUAUAAAUAUAAACCAAA